AUGCGUUUGACUUAUUCGCUAGUGGCGCUUCUAGCUACUUCCCAUGCUAUAUCUAUAUGGCCCUUUGGGGGUGACGACGACGACAAUUCCAGUUCUUCGAGUGUCUCAGAGAGUUCUACGGAGAGUUCGAGUGCUGAGGCUUCCAGUACAUCCAAUGCAGAGACUUCCAGUUCGGAAUCUUCAAGCUCGUCUUCUGAGUCGGAAUCAACAACGUUUGGCGUGCCAACGACUGAAACAAGUACCGGUGAUGGCCUCGCAUAUGCUCCACGACAAACAGAAUGCCCUGACUUUGAUAUCGUCAGAAACGCUUCGUCUUUGAACGAAGCUGAGGUUGAGUAUGUUCAACAACGUCAGGAGAUCACCAACGAGAAGUUGAUCGAUUUCCUCGACGAUAUCGCCCAAAUUCCUGAUUUCGACGCUAAAAAAUUCAUCAACGAUAAUAAGGAUACCCAUAACAUCUCCAUCGGCUUGGCUUUCAGCGGCGGUGGCUACCGAGCUAUGCUUUGUGGAGCUGGUGAGCUUUUGGCGCUUGACGAUAGAUAUAAGGAUUCUAAGCUGCGGGGCCUUGGUGGUCUUUUACAGAGUUCUACGUACUUGGCAGGUCUUUCGGGUGGCGGCUGGCUUUUAGGUACGCUUGUGCUUAACAACUGGAUCUCUGUAGCUGAUAUUUUGGAACCAGACAGUGGCAUUUGGGACUUGGAAGAUCUGAUCUUUAACCCUAAUGGUCUUAACUUGGUGAGGAAUAUCCGUUACUACAACGCCCUCAGAGAAGCUUUGGAUAAGAAGGAUGAGUUUGGCUUUGCCACUUCACUUACUGACGUUUGGGGCCGUGCAUUGUCCCUGCAAUUCUUCAACGAAGAUGAGGUUCCUCGUGGUGGUGAGAACUUGACUUGGUCUGGAAUCAAGGAAUUGGGCAGUUACAAGAACCACUCCAUGCCUUACCCAAUCAUGAUUGCAAACGGCCGUAAUCCAAACACGGUAAUUAUCAACGAGAAUUCCACGGUUUAUGAGAUUUCACCUAACGAGUUGGGCUCUUGGGAUCCUAGUCUUCGAAGCUUCGUCAAUAUUGCCUACAUGGGUACGAAGCUUGAAGGAGGUAAGCCAAACACAUCAGAAUGUAUCUCUCAUUUCGACAAUGCUGGCUUCAUGAUGGGUACACUGUCUUCACUUUUCAACCAGGGUCUUCUUCGUUUGCCAGGAACUGACCUUAAUUGGGCACUUAAACGGAUAAUCGAAAUGAUCUUAAAUCCAUUGCUGAAGAACGAGGUCGACAUUGCUGUUCACGAACCAAACCCCUUCUACAAAACGGAAUAUGGUGACCUGGAGGAAAUCUUAUCCGACUCGAGCUUACAUUUGGUGGAUGGUGGUGAGGAUCAACAGAAUGUGCCGCUCUACCCUCUCAUUCAGAAGAGUCGGAAGGUUGAUGUGAUCUUUGGUUUUGACAAUUCGGCUGAUACCGAUGAAAACUGGCCCAAUGGUACUUCCUUUGUUCAUACUUUCCACAGACAAUUUGCCAAGCAAGGUAAAGGUACACCAUUCCCAUUUGUCCCUUCCACCCAAGACUUCCUUAGAGGAGGUCUCAACGAAAGACCUGUCUUCUUUGGUUGCGAUGCUAAGAAUUUGUCCGACUUGGUAGCAUUCCACGAUGACGAUUACAAGACAACUGAUGUGCCUUUGGUGAUCUACAUGCCAAAUAGCCCUCACUCCCACGAAGCUAAUUCAAGUACUUACAAUAUGAGUUACGACGAUGAGGAGAAGCUUAACCACAUCCAAAACGGAUUUGAAGUUUCUUCAAGAGGCAACUACACCAAUGACAGAGAAUGGCCUACUUGCGUUGGAUGUGCUAUCAUCAGAAGACAACAAGAAAGACUUGACGAAGAACAAUCCAAGGAGUGCAAGAGGUGUUUCGAGAGAUACUGCUGGACCGGUGACAUCGAGGACACGCCUCAGCUGAGUAUUGGAUCUGCCUUAUCAGGAGCUGCUACUAGAACAACCUCUGGUGGUACUGAAAACACAGUGGACACGAGCUCGACCCCCACGUCCUCGUCCACUGGUUCAGGAUCCAGUGAUGAAUCGACAGGUAGCGAUUCAAGCUCUACUUCCUCAGAGGGUGGAAGCAAUCCUGUGUUCGUUGAACUAGGAAGUCUUAUUGUGGCAGCUCUAGGAGCCCUUUCAAUUCUUUAG